CGAUUUGUAGGCUAUUUGGUUGCAUUUUCCUGAGUAUAAAAAAGGAUGUUAGAUAGGGAUUGAUAGUGAAUUAGUUCAAACCUCAGUUUGAACUAUACCAACGUAUUUUACCACUUAUUGAGUGAUUAGCUUCAUUUAAGACGCAGCCGAGGAUAGUAGUAUUCCAGAAAUAUUGUAUUUUGGAACACCAGAGUAGGCUAAUUCACAGGUCUGUUAUACCCAGCAUUUAUCUGGAAUCGUACUUCCGUGUCUGUCUGUGCUGAAACUUCCUUGACCUAACAGGUUCUCCCGUAAAAUAUAAAAAGCAGUAACCCCAGGUGUGUGUGUGAGAGAGGGAGAAAGUCUACAGCCAUGAGUAAUCCUUUUGCACACAUAGUUGAGGCUCUGGACCCAAACAACCCCGACCACAAGUUCUACAACCUCGCAAAGCUUGAAGACCCCAGAUAUGACCGUCUGCCAUUCUCCAUCCGUGUGCUGCUUGAGUCGGCUGUGAGGAACUGUGAUGGGUUCUUGGUGAAGCAGUCAGACGUGGAGAGCAUCCUGAACUGGAAGCAGACCCAGACUCAAAGCGUGGAGGUGCCGUUCAGACCUGCCAGGGUCAUCCUACAGGACUUCACUGGAGUGCCUGCAGUAGUGGACUUUGCUGCGAUGCGCGACGCCGUAAAGAAGCUGGGGGGAGAUCCAGAGAACAUCAACCCAGUCUGUCCAGUGGACCUUGUCAUCGAUCAUUCCAUCCAGGUGGACUUCAACAGGAAGUCUGACAGCCUCCAGAAAAACCAGGACUUGGAGUUUGACAGAAACAGAGAGCGAUUUGAGUUCUUAAAGUGGGGCUCCAAAGCAUUACGGAACAUGCGUAUCAUUCCCCCCGGUUCGGGGAUUGUGCACCAGGUCAACCUGGAGUACCUGGCCAGGGUGGUGUUUGACCAGGACGGUUACUACUACCCUGACAGCCUGGUGGGCACUGACUCCCACACCACCAUGAUCAACGGUCUGGGCGUGUUGGGCUGGGGUGUGGGCGGGAUCGAGGCGGAGGCCGUCAUGCUGGGCCAACCAAUCAGCAUGGUGCUCCCCGAAGUCAUCGGCUACAGGCUACAGGGCACCCCCAACAAGUUAAUCACCUCCACCGACAUCGUCCUCACCGUCACUAAGCACCUGCGCCAGGUCGGCGUCGUGGGGAAGUUUGUGGAGUUCUUCGGCCCAGGUGUGGAAGCCCUGUCCAUUGCCGAUCGAGCCACCAUCGCCAACAUGUGCCCAGAGUACGGCGCCACUGCAGCUUUUUUCCCUGUGGACCACAUCAGUGUUCAGUAUCUAAAGCAGACAGGGAGAGAUGCUGAGAAGCUGGAUUACAUCACCAGGUAUCUGAAAGCAGUCGCCAUGUUCAGAGACUACAACAACUCCUGCCAGGACCCCGACUUCACCCAGGUGCAUAAGCUGGACCUUAGCACCGUGGUCCAGUGCUGCAGUGGUCCCAAGAGGCCUCAGGACAGGGUGGCUGUGUCUGACAUGAAGACUGACUUUGAGGCCUGCCUGGCUGCUAAGCAAGGCUUCAAGGGUUUCCAGGUGACUCCGGAGCGUCACCACGUGAAGGUUCCAUUCCAGUACAAUGACAAGGAGUACAGCCUCUCCCACGGCUCGGUGGUCAUCGCUGCCAUCACCAGUUGCACCAACACCAGCAACCCCUCUGUUAUGCUGGGGGCUGGUCUCCUGGCGAAGAAGGCCAUCGAGGCUGGUCUGAGCAUGAAGCCCUACAUCAAGACCAGUCUGUCGCCCGGCAGCGGAGUGGUCACCUACUACCUAAAGAAGAGUGGCGUCAUGGACUACCUCUUCCAGCUCGGGUUUGAAGUGGUGGGUUAUGGCUGCAUGACAUGUAUAGGCAACAGUGGGCCCCUCCCAGAGCCUGUGGUGGAGGCCAUUACUCAGGGAGAUCUGGUAGCCGCUGGGAUCCUAUCAGGUAACAGGAACUUUGAGGGGCGUGUCCACCCCAACACACGAGCCAAUUACCUGGCCUCUCCCCCCCUGGUCAUUGCCUACGCUAUCGCCGGAACCGUGAGGAUUGACUUUGAUACAGAGCCCAUUGCUCUGAACAACGAAGGGAAGGAGGUUUUCCUGAGGGACAUCUGGCCCACACGAGAGGAGAUCCAGGCUGUGGAGAGAGAGUUUGUCAUUCCUGCUAUGUUCAAAGAGGUUUAUGAGAAGAUUGAGAAAGUGAAUGAACGCUGGAACGCCCUCAACGCCCCCUCAGACAAGCUGUACACCUGGGACCCCAAGUCCACCUACAUCAAGUCUCCACCCUUCUUCGAUGGACUGACCAAGGAGCUACAGACCCCCAAUUCCAUAACUAAUGCUUACGUGCUGCUGAACUUCGGCGACUCUGUGACCACGGACCACAUCUCUCCUGCUGGGAACAUCGCUCGAACCAGUCCUGCAGCACGCUACCUGACCAGCAGAGGUUUGAACCCACGUGACUUCAACUCGUACGGAUCUCGGCGUGGCAACGAUGCUGUAAUGGCCCGAGGAACAUUCGCCAACAUCCGUCUCUUCAACAAGUUCCUGAACAAGCAGGCUCCGCGCACCCUGCACUUACCUUCUGAUGAAACGAUGGAUGUGUUUGAUGCUGCUGAGCGCUACCAGAAGGCUGGCCUCCCCCUCAUGAUCCUGGCUGGGAAGGAGUAUGGAUCGGGCAGCUCCAGAGACUGGGCCGCUAAAGGUCCCUUCCUCCUGGGAAUCAAGGCAGUACUGGCGGAGAGCUACGAGCGAAUCCACCGCAGUAACCUGGUGGGCAUGGGGGUGAUUCCUCUGGAGUACCUGUCUGGGGAAACAGCAGACAGCCUGGGGCUGACAGGACACGAGCGCUACACCGUGGUCAUUCCUGAGCCACUCACACCCAGGAUGAUUGUUGACAUUAAGCUCGACACGGGCAAAACAUUCCAGGUGAGGAUGAGGUUCGACACGGACGUGGAGCUGACGUACUUCCACAACGGAGGCAUCCUGAACUACAUGAUCCGCAAGAUGUCUGAGAACUAGAGAGAGCACACCGUCGGGACCAAGUCAUGCUGAACACGCACAUCCUUCGUGUAGACAGCGAUGCAGAACGCACUGAGUCCUCCCUCUCUGUUUCUGUUUGAUUUUAACAUUGUUUAGGUCAUUCAUUGGUUUUAGUGCAUUAAUCGACCACAGUGCUGGUUCCAUGCUUGAUCCAGUGCAAGUCAGAAUGAUGGAAUUGAGUCAGAAGAACCCCACAGCACAUUUAACACUUUCCUAAUCAAGCCCAGCUAAAGUGUUUGAAAGAGAAAUACUUUUUAAACCCAGGUUUCGUAUAAUGUGACAUUAGUACAGUAACCACCCUACCUCUUUGUCGCCAAACCAGUGGUCCACCCACCCUCAUCCCUCCGUCCAUGCUAACAUUAGCUAGCCAUGCACACAAACCUAGUCUGCCCUGGUUGGCUGUCUUGUCCAGUUGUUACCAUCGUUGGUUCAAAGCUGCCAUUCGCUGUCAUCUGUUCCGACCAGGGUUGUAUUUGUUGAUUUCAUGUCUUAUUAUAUGUAAUUGUGUCAUUUUACAAACUGCUGCUGUGGUGGAGCAGACAGGCUGCUUCUGAAAUGGAACCCUAUUCCAUAUAUAGUGCACUACUUUUGACCAAAAUGUGUGUACUAUAUAGGGAAUAAGGUGUUCAACCCAGACACUGUAAUAGGUUGGCUUACAUUUACAUUUUAGUCAUUUAGCAGACGCUCUUAUCCAGAGCGACUUAGUUAGUGAGUGCAUACAUUUUUUCAUACUUGAGUUGGCUUCGACUCCUGACAACGAGGGUGUUGUCAUUGUAUUAUAAAAAAGAGACCGCCAUAGUUUAUUAGAAUGGAAUUAGAAUACCUAAGUUUAAUUGCCUUAAAUGGUAAAGUUGACAUUAUUAACUCUCGCCUUUUUAUGGGAGGAACAGUAUAUUUUAUUGUGUGUGUGCCUCGUUCCUUUUAAAUCCAUUGAAAUGCUGCCUCUGCACUAAGGUUUUUACUAGAUCAGUAAUUCCAGUCUUGUUGUCUCUUUCAUAAAUCCACUUUUCUUUCUUACCCUGUUGAUGUUGGCAAUAGGACUGUAAUGAUUCUGUAGCAGUGAGUGCUUACUACUGUUGGGGAGUAGGGUUGCAAAAUCCUUUAGAAGAUUCCCAGAAUCAGGAGGGAAUGAGCAGGAAUCCUCCGACCAGGAUUUCUGGGAAUUUUGGGAAGUUACCAGAAUUGUGCAACCCAAUUGGUUAGUGUGGCUGGACUUAAUACCUGGGUGCCGGUGUGACAGCGAGGCUAGUAAAUCAAAUUCAUAUAAUCAUGCAUUCCAAACCACAUUAAGUUUGGAGAAUUCAAAUUUUCUCUAAGCACUUGGGGUUUAAUGGACCAAAUAGUCAUACUUUGAGAUUCAUUUCAAAAGGUACUUGUUUGUGGUAUGGAUAAAAUGUUAAAAAAUAAAAAAUAAAUUCAAGGUUAUCAGGAGUCUGCUACAAGGCCACAUCUGGGCUAGUGGUGGCGCCUUGAUAGUCCUUACUCCUUACCUUCUUUCCACAAAUAACUGAACAUGUCAAAUUCCCGGUACAUAUCCACCAUGUUGCUGUCACCUAUCAUGUAUUUUCAGUGAUUGCAUAAUGAUAUCAACAAUCCUGUUAUGAAAUGGCUCAGGGCCAGAGUAAGACUAUGUUUGUCAAAUUAAUACACAUUCAUUUAUGACUUAUAAGAUGGGAAGGUUCUCUAAUAAACGUUAACUUCUACAUAACUCAAA